AUGUUGUGUUCACGCUUAUUAGGUGUAAUAUUAUUUAUUACGGGGUCGUAUGCCCUGUAUGAUUCGUCUUCAGAUGUAGUAGAGCUUUCUCCGAGUAAUUUCGAAAGAUUAGUUACAAAUUCAGAUGAAGUAUGGAUCGUAGAAUUCUUCGCACCAUGGUGCGGACACUGUAAAAACCUCGUCCCAGAAUAUAAGAAGGCUGCUCGAGCACUUAAGGGUAUAGCAAAGGUAGGAGCCGUCGAUGCCGACCAGUAUAAAGAUUUUUCUCAAAAGUAUGGAGUCACAGGUUUCCCAACUAUCAAGAUUUUCACAGGAAGCAAGCAUACUCCUUAUCAGGGACAACGAACUGCUGAAGCGUUUGUUGAUGCUGCUAUUAAGUCUGCUAAGGAAAAGGCAUAUGACAGUCUCGGAAAGAAAUCCAGCGGAUCCUCAGAUAAGUCUGACGUCAUUACACUCACGGACAGCAACUUCAAGGAGCUCGUACUGGACAGUGAGGACAUGUGGUUGGUCGAGUUUUAUGCCCCGUGGUGUGGACACUGCAAGAAUCUCGAGCCACACUGGGCCAAGGCUGCCACGGAACUUAAGGGCAAGGUCAAAGUCGGUGCACUAGAUGCUACAGUUCACACAGCAAUGGCGUCCCGUUACCAAGUACAGGGUUACCCAACAAUCAAACUUUUCAACUCUGGCAAGAAAACGAGUGACUCAGUUGAAGACUACAACGGAGGCAGGACUUCCAGUGACAUUGUUAGCUGGGCCAUGGAAAAAUUAGCUGAAAAUGUACCAGCACCAGAAAUCAUUCAGGUUGUAAAUGAAGAAACAAUGAAAGCGUGCAGUGAAAAGCCUCUAUGUGUGGUGUCCAUCUUACCUCACAUCCUGGACUGCGACGCUGCUUGCAGAAAUGGCUACAUUUCAGUAUUAGCUCGUUUGGGAGACAAGUAUAAGGCCAAGAUGUGGGGAUGGGUGUGGGCAGAAGCUGGUGCACAAACAUCGUUAGAAGAGGCUCUUGAGCUCGGAGGUUUCGGCUACCCAGCAAUGGCUGUUGUCAAUGCUAAGAAACUCAAGUUCUCUACAUUGAGAGGUUCUUUCUCUGAGACUGGCAUCAAUGAAUUCCUUAGGGACUUGUCCUUCGGUCGUGGUCAGACAGCACCAGUCAAAGGAGCCGAGAUGCCAAAGAUAAUUACAACAGAACCUUGGGACGGCAAAGACGGAGAGUUACCCCCAGAGGAAGACAUUGACCUCUCAGACGUAGACCUUGAGAAAGAUGAACUAUAAGUGACUUGUGAAGUGAACUGAGUGUUUUCAAGUGUGUUAACUAUAAAACUAUUUAGUUUUAUAGACUUAUCCUAAGUUACAAAUCAAAUUUAUCGUAUGAGUUGUUUUGUGGGUCUACUUUAUAUUUUAUUUAAAUUUGUAUGCGUAAUAGACUAUUAAAUAUACAUAGAUUUCAGUUAUAUUGUAUUCCAGUUUUGUUUUAAACUUUUAUAAUAGUUUACAUAUUUGACAUAUCUUAGAAUCUAUCAUCACAUCUCAUUUCUGUUUUCUGUGGAAGCCUUUUCAUAGUUUAUAGAAUAUUUAGAAUUCAUUAUAUAUAAGAUAUUUUUGUGCAUUUUUUUACUAAUUUAUUAAGACUGUUGUAACUGGUAUUAAGAUUUAUAAUCAGAUUUUGUAUGGUUAGUUUGAUGUAAUGAUUAGGUCAAGCAUGAUUGCUUGCAUAAUGUCUGGUACUGAAAUUGCAGUUUUUAAUACAUCUAACAUUUUUAUAACUUUGCUAUUAAACUAUAAAUGAUGAAUGUAGUUAUAUCUUCCAUAUUAUUACAUUUUUAAUAUAUAAUGCGGUCAGAAGAUUUUAAGAAAAUAAAUGCUAAUUAUAAUAUA